AUGCCUGGAGGUGUCACCGUUCGCGAUGUCGAUGCUCACAAGUUUGUCGCGGCUUACGCGGCUUUCUUGAAGCGCCAGGGCAAGCUCCCUGUGCCCGGUUGGGUCGAUACCGUCAAGACCGGUGCCGCCAAGGAGAUGCCUCCUCAGGAUAUCGACUGGUACUACGUUCGCGCUGCCUCCGUCGCCCGCCACGUCUACCUGAGGAAGACCGUCGGUGUUGGCCGUCUCCGCAAGGUCCAUGGCAGUGCCAAGAACCGCGGCACUCGGCCCUCCAAGCACGUUGAUGCCAGCGGCAGCGUCGACCGCAAGAUCAUGCAGUCCCUCGAGAAGAUCCAGGUCCUGGAGCAGGAUGAAGAGAAGGGUGGCCGCCGCAUCACCCAGCAGGGUCAGCGUGAUUUGGACCGGAUCGCCCAAACUGUUGCCGAGGCUGAUGAGGAGGAGGAGGAGGAUGAGGAGUAA